AUCCCAGAGUCCAUCAUUUCACGAGGCGUGCAGGUGUUGCCGCGGGACACCGCUUCUCUCAGCACCACACCCUCAGAGUCUCCUUGUGCUCAGCAGUCCCGCCUCUCCACUGCCUCCUGCCCCACCCCUAAAGCCCGGCUCACCUCCUGCUCAUCCACUUAUAGUGUCACAGAGGCCUCACGGAGAGAGUUCAGGGCUCACCUGGAUGAGGUCAUCACGCUCAAGUCAAGGUACUCUACCUUGGACCAGCUCCACUCUAGGCUGGAGGGGCUCAAAGAUGAUCGCAGGAACCAUAGGACCUUCGACUCGCGAGUGCAGUCACGAUGCAGCAGCAAGGAGAACAUCCUGAGAGCAAGUCACAGUGCAGUGGACAUCACCAAGGUAGCUCGGAGACACCGCAUGUCCCCGUUUCCCCUCACUUCUAUGGACAAGGCCUUCAUCACUGUGCUAGAGAUGACUCCUGUCCUGGGUACCGAAAUCAUCAACUACAGAGAUGGAAUGGGUCGAGUUCUGGCUCAGGACGUCUACGCCAAAGACAACCUGCCUCCUUUCCCUGCGUCAGUUAAAGACGGCUAUGCUGUUCGAGCUGCUGAUGGCCCUGGUGAUCGCUUCAUCAUCGGGGAGUCUCAGGCUGGGGAGCAGCCCACUCUCACAGUUAUGCCAGGCCAGGUGAUGAGGGUGACGACAGGUGCUCCUAUCCCAUGUGGUGCAGACGCUGUAGUGCAAGUAGAAGACACAGAACUGCUACGAGAGUCUGAAGACGGUACAGAGGAGCUGGAAGUGAGGAUCCUGGUUCAGGCCCGUCCAGGACAGGAUAUCAGGCCUAUAGGUCAUGAUAUCAAGCGUGGAGAGUGUGUGUUGGCUAAAGGCACUCACAUGGGUCCAUCUGAGAUCGGCCUCUUGGCCACUGUAGGAGUCACAGAGGUGGAGGUGCAGAAAUUCCCAGUUGUAGCAGUCAUGUCCACUGGCAAUGAGUUGUUGAACCCUGAGGAUGACCUCCACCCAGGCAAGAUCAGGGACAGUAACCGAUCCACACUGUUGGCCACCAUUCAGGAGCACGGCUAUCCCACCAUCAACCUCGGCAUCGUCGGAGACAACCCAGACGACCUGCUGAACGCCCUAAACGAGGGCAUUAGUCGUGCUGAUGUCAUCAUCACCUCCGGGGGAGUGUCCAUGGGUGAGAAGGACUACCUGAAGCAAGUGCUGGAUAUAGACCUCCAUGCCCAGAUCCACUUCGGUCGAGUGUUUAUGAAGCCAGGUUUGCCUACUACGUUUGCCACCUUAGACAUUGACGGUACAAGAAAGCUGAUCUUCGCCCUUCCAGGUAAUUUCACCUACAGAGACACAGGGGCGACUCUUCUGGAGACUGUGCCCCUGAGUGACAGCGAGGCCAGCAGACUGCCUGUGCCUCCCCCCCCACGAGGAAGUAACCCAGUGUCAGCUGUUGUAACCUGUAACCUCUUUGUCAUUCCUGCAUUAAGAAAGAUGCAGGGGAUACUGGACCCACGGCCCACCAUCAUCAAAGCCAGGCUGUCAUGUGAUGUAAAGUUGGAUCCACGUCCAGAAUAUCAUCGCUGUAUACUGACAUGGCACCACCAGGAACCACUUCCCUGGGCACAGAGCACAGGAAACCAAAUGAGUAGUCGGCUAAUGAGCAUGCGAAGUGCCAACGGCCUUCUGAUGUUGCCUCCGAAAACAGAGCAAUACGUGGAGUUGCACAAGGGUGAAGUCGUGGACGUCAUGGUCAUAGGACGGCUAUGAUGUCAUCUUGAGGGGACAGACCAAGUAUAGAGCAAGAAAGUGGUGCAUGUCCACAUAUCAUUACUAUUCUGUAAUAUGCAACGGCACAGCUAGUUUUUAUUGAUUUGGGAGAAGUUGAUCCAGAAUAAUCAACAUUUCGAACAGACGAAUAUGUGAAAUUUAUGAAAAUACGACUUCGAAGACAUAGUAUUUCAAAGACAGAAAAUAUUAUACCUUUUAAAGUGAUAAAAUAUAUAUAUAUAUGAAAUAUAAGAGAUUUAUUCUGUAAUAUAUUGUUAUAAUUAUUAUGAUUAUUAAUAUAAUGAUGAAUAUUAUCAUAUUAAGCAACUCUGUUCUCUUUCAUUGCAAUUGCUUUGUGUGUUCAAUGCUAGAACUUAUAGAUAGCCGUAGCAUUUUAAUAGACAGCUGUUGGCGCCUGUCACACUUACAUCAGAAAGCUUAUUUUCUCAUCGGUAGAAAAUGUGUCACUGAGGAAUGAAAAGCUCUUCAAAAUGACAGCGGGGACCCCUUUGGAUCCCCGACGGGAGCUGGAUCUUUUCAUCUCUCCUCAAAGUGCACCAAGGUGACCCAGCUUCUUUCCCUUUAGUAUUAUAUGCUCCAUAAAGACUUCAUUAUGCUUCAUAAAGGGUUUACAAAACCGCUUUGCUUGUCGUUUAUCUUGUGAGUCGUGUUUAUGUGCGCAGUGCCAAAAGCCAGGGCUGUGGGGGUGGGGGGGGUCUUGUGGUCAUGACGCCGAAAAGCAGCGUGUGUCGCCGAUGUCACAGACUUUGUACGGAUCGUUUUCGCAAAACGAUGACGGGUGCGGGUCUGUCUAAAGUCUGUGCUACUUCAGCACACACGGAGGCAUGUCCUGUGCUACAGGCUACCUCAGUCUGAAACAUACUUCAUAAUAAACUGACCCUCAUAGCUCUGCCCUUAUUACUCUCUAUUUUACCCACUACCCUUACAUUUAAACUCGCCCGGCCCAAUCCUAGAGGCUGAGCUCCCUGGAAACUUUUAUUUGUUAACUUCGAAGAUGAAGACAGCUUAUUUAAGUGCUGACAGCCUUUUUAAACAAAUUACAUAAAAUGUACAGUCAAAAAAAUGCAAGAGUGAUAUUGUACAGACAAGUGACCAGCACUCCUAAGGAAUAUACUAUGGUAUUGAAAAGAUAUUGAAAAACUCUGUACUAUAAUAUCAUUUUCUGUAAUACUGAUCUAAUGCGAGAAUUAAAAUUCUUGAUCAUUAUGUAAAGACGUGGUUCAGUUUCUUUUUUUAAAUAAACUCUGAAAGAUGA